AUGGAUGGUCAAGAUCAAGGUUAUGGUCAAGGGAUGCCACCUCCACCACCAUCACAUUACAAUCCAAUGAUGUCCUUAGGUGCACUACCACCCCCACCACCAUUGUCCUUGUCAUCGUCUGAUGUAAAAUAUAAUCUUUACGAUACAAGUAUUAAUGAAAGUAAACCAUUUAAUGAUUUAAAUGGAAUGCUUCAACAAAUAAUGUCAAUUGUUGAUCAAAGUCUUGAUGAAGCUCAAGCCAGAAAACAUGCAUUUAAUCAAAGUCGCCUUAAACCAGCGUUUUUUCAAGUACUAUGUGAAAUCAAAGAAAAAACAGCGAUUAAUACUCGAAAUUUACCAGACGAAGAACCACCUGAUUCACAAUUAAUGCGUCUUGAUAAUAUGUUAAUAGCUGAAGGUAUUGCUGGACCAGAAAGAACAGGCGGAUCAUCAUCUGCACGAAGUGCUAAUGCAGCUGCUAGUAUUAAUGAUGAUUCAGCACUUGAACAUGGUGAUUAUCGCGCUAAAUUAACACAAAUUCGUCAACUUUACCAUAGUGAACUAGAAAAAUAUGAACAAGCAUGUAAUGAUUUUACCAGUCAUGUUAUUAAUCUAUUACGAGAACAGAGUCGUGCACGACCUAUUUCACCGAGAGAAAUCGAUCGAAUGGUAAUGAUUAUUCGAAAGAAAUUUUCCUCGAUUCAAUUACAACUCAAACAAAGUACAUGUGAAGCAGUUAUGAUACUUCGUUCACGGUUUCUUGAUGCUCGACGAAAACGCCGUAAUUUUAGUAAAACAGCUACUGAAGUUCUCAAUGAAUAUUUCUAUUCACAUCUAUCAAAUCCAUAUCCAAGUGAAGAAGCAAAAGAAGACCUUGCUAGAAAAUGCAGUAUUAGUGUAUCACAAGUUAGUAAUUGGUUUGGUAACAAACGUAUUCGAUAUAAAAAAAAUAUUGGUAAAGCUCAAGAAGAAGCCAAUUUAUAUGCUUCCAAAUUAGCGAAUCAAGCGACACAAGGUGUCGGUGGUAUGCGUCGAGACAGUGACAGUCCUCUACUAGACAAGCCUGCCCGGAAAGGCCGUUCUCGAGUCAAGAAAUGA